AACAUCAGAUCAUCGUUAAACGGUCCUGUGUUUUCUUUGCUAUGUCUUACGUGCCUUUUGUUCGGCUGUGCCGUGGUUUUGUUGGCAGACAAGUUUUAGGACCGAUCUUCGCGCGUAACAUGUCAAACGGACAAAAACAAAAGGUUCUGGUCACUCGUAACGUCCCCCAAGCAGCUAUUGAAAUUAUCAAGUCAUCUCAGAGCUGUCAUCUGGAUUACUGGAAUUCAGAAGAUCCUAUUCCAAGAGAUGAACUUCUGAAACGAGUAGCAGGUCUGGAUGGACUUUACUGCCUCCUUACAGAAAAAAUAGAUUCUGAGUUGCUGGAUGCUGCCGGACCUCAGCUGAAAGUUGUGAGCACCAUGUCAGUUGGUUAUGAUCACAUCAGUUUACCAGAAACAACAAAGAGAGGUAUUGCUGUUGGCCACACCCCAGGUGUACUGACAGAUGCGACCGCCACCUUGACAGUAGCUUUACUUCUGGUAACCCAAAGAAGACUAAUUGAGGCUGCAGGAGAGGUGAAAAAUGGAGGAUGGGGAACGUGGAAACCUCUAUGGAUGUGUGGACCAACACUAACAGCCAGUACUGUGGGCAUUGUUGGAUUUGGAAGAAUUGGCAUCGCUGUAGCACAAAGACUAGCUCCAUUUGGUGUCUCUAGAUUUCUUUAUUGUGAUGUCAAUAAGAAGCCUCAAAGUGUGGAAAAACUGGUUACACCAAACGCAGAGCAUGUUGAUAUGGACACCCUGUUGAGAGAGUCUGACUUUGUGAGUGCACACACAGCUUUGACACUUGAAACAGCAGGAAUGUUUAACAAGGAUGUGUUUUCCAAGAUGAAAAGAAGUGCAGUAUUUGUCAACACCAGCAGAGGAGGAGUGGUAAACCAAGAGGAUUUAUAUGAAGCACUAAAGAGUGGACAAAUAUGGGGUGCUGGACUGGAUGUUACAGUUCCUGAACCUCUUCCAACAGAUCAUCCUCUUUUGUCCUUAAACAACUGUGUUGUCCUUCCCCAUAUUGGCAGUGCAGAGGAAUCCACUAGAGAAGCUAUGGCAACUUUAGCAGCGAGAAAUCUCUUGGCCGGACUAGCAGGGGAAAGUUUACCCGCUCAAGCAAAACUAUAAAACUCUAGCUUUCUUACUUCCUUAUCCAUCUUCGGGGCUUUGUAUGGAGUUUUGUGGUGUGUGGUGUGUGGUGUGUGGUGUGUGUUGAAUAUAAUUCGACUCGGACAGGAGCCCAUUACUUGGAGCGUUCAACUCCCAUACUGUGCCAAUGUCGCGGUAUUUUUACAAACGGAGUUUUUUUAGACUAUCUUAUUCCGGGAAAUAGCCUGAGACUACUCGAGCUCACAUGCUUUCGUUGUAAUAAUGAGUCAAGCUAUAAAUUAACCACGCGCUGAUCGUGAUUAGUCGAAGGGCUUCCGUGGGGAAUCUCAUUUCGCGGUAAAUUCAAACUAAAAAUAGAUUUGUCUCUGACAAUACCGUGACAUAAACAACGGGUAGUUGAACGUUCCAAGUCAUGGGCUCCUGACUGAGAAAAAAAAUAUCUUUAUCGCAAGGAUUCUGAGAAAAAUGCUAUGAUUGCGGAGCAGCCACCUGAUUAGGGAUAAGUAACAUUAAACUUCAGUUCUUUGGUCUAGACAAUUUCAGAGGAUGGGGACAAAAAAGCGGAUGUCUUGAAGGCGAUAUCAGUUUGUGGAAAGUGCUGCCAAACGAAUUGAUUAUUUGAUGAAUGCAAUAGCUAUAAAUGAAGAAGAGUACAAUUUAAUUAUCUGCUGUAGUAAAUUAAUCUCAUCAGCAAACUGUGAAUAAAAACAAGAGGCUCUAAUUGUUAAGUAUA